AUAAACACACAAAAAACACACAAAAAGAUAAAACAAAAAAUUGUGCGUGUAUCUGCUCUCGGUGCUUGUAAUUAUCCCUAAAUUAAGAAUUCCAAUUAUUUGUUGUGCCGCAAUAUGUAAUUUCUCGUGCUGCAAAUGGGGUACCAAAGUGUGUUGGUCUCAGACGCGGAUUCCAAAGCAAUCUUAUCGAUUUUUUAGCCGUAGAAAUUGGGUUCGGAAAAUUGAUAGUCUUUUUGGGAGCGCUGCAGACGAAUUACGGCUCGAAAAUGGUGCAUUUUUGCAAACUGUGCCAGCUGCUGCACAAAAAUAUGGACUUCAUCCAGUGUGAUGACUCCAAUGUGUGGUUGUUGGAAACGGUCUUUUCGGUGAAGAUAACGCCAAUCAACGGCCGUGUGGAGCCGAUCUGUCGAAAAUGCAUUCGCAAGUACAACAAAGUGAUGAAGGACCUGAAAAAGUCCAACGGAGGCUUCCCAGUGUCACGGCAAACCUUCAUCGAACACAACAAGUUCCACAACGGCGAUGCGGAGUCACUGUUUCAGUUCUCGAAUGCCGAACAACCGGCGUCGCUCUCAAGCUCCCAGGGCCGAUCGCUAGAGCAACAUCCAUACCUGAUGGACGAUGAAAGUAAGGAGCUCAUGUUUACGGGACAGGUGGCGGACAAGAUGAAUGGAAGCCAAAAUGGCAUGACGCUGAACAUUAGUGGCGAGGCGGCAACGGUCUACCGCAUAACAAUGGGUGACACGCAGGAAUCGUCCGACGAGGACAGUUCCGAUGGGAAAAGUACCAUCGCCGAUGAGGACGAGAGCUCCGAAGAUUCUAGCGAAGACGACGAGGACGAUGACGACGACUGCUGCAGUGACGAUACGGACGAUUCCAGUUCAAGCUGCAGCAGCACCAGCAGCACCGGUGGCAGCUCGUCCGAAACGGGCGCCAGUUUGCGAUUGGACGAACACAUUGACCGGAAAACGGAAGAGUCGACCGCUUUGUACAGUGCGUACAUGGACGCACCGAUAAUGCACAAUCUUCCCGAAGGGAGUCUUUUGCAGGGGGUCGGAGACGAUGACGUUGUUGCCGACGGGGAUCGAAUUUUCUCAGACAAAACGCUCAUGAACGAUGUAUUGGAACCAUUGCAACUGGCCGAAUCGUUGGCGAAAAUUGAAGACAACAUAGGGGUAGCAACGAAGCAGCUGCAGUGCGAAGAAUCUCAAAAGCUUCCGUUGCAAGCGCGCGAAUUACAAGCACCGGAGCAGAAAGUCGAGCAGCAGGAGCAAAACCAGCUGCACGAGGAGAAACCGCAUAAACAAGACCCACCAGCAGCGCCCGACGAAGCGGCUGAAAGUGAGGAAGCUCCAAAAAAAUCCCGAAAGCGCAAGAAACGAAACAAUGGGACAGCGGUACAAACGAAAAACUACGUGUGCCUCGUCUGCCAGAAGCGAUUCUCGAAGGCGAUCUAUCUGAAGGUGCACACCCGCACCCAUACCGGAGAAAAGCCGUACGCGUGCGACAUUUGCUUCAAGAGCUUCACGCAGGCAUCUAGCUUAAACACCCACAAGCGGUUGCAUUUCAACGUGAAACCGUUCGUGUGCGAAAUCUGCAACCAACAGUAUACCAGUGCCGGCAACUAUAAAGUACACUUGCGUACGCACACGCAGGAGAAACCGUACGCUUGCAGUUACUGCGAUAAGCGCUUCAGCCAGCAUUCUAGCAAGAAGAUGCAUGAGCGCGUGCACAGCCAGGAAAAGCCGUACCCUUGCCAGGUGUGUCUGAAAGCGUUCAGCAAUGUCAGCAAUCUCACGGUGCACAUGCGUAUACACCAGGGGCUGAAGCCGUACAAGUGCGAUAAGUGCGACAAAAGCUUCGCUCAGUCGCAAACUCUCAAGACGCACUACAUCUCGGCCCACACGGACGUGCGACCGUUUCAGUGCGAUCGGUGUCCGAAGUCGUACGCGACCCUGUCGAACUUGAACAACCAUAAGCACACACACCUGGAGGAAAAACCGUUCGGAUGCGAGGAGUGCGGGAAGCGAUUUACGCAGAAGUCUUCUCUUAAAACGCACACCCUUACGCACAACACGGAGCGUCCGUUCCCGUGCGAGGAGUGCACGAAGUCGUUCAACACGCAGGCCAUGUUGAACACGCACCGGCGCAAUAUGCACUGUACCGAGCGGCCAUUCGCGUGCACCAAGUGCGAUAAAUCGUACGCGCAGGAAACGCGGCUCCGUCAGCACAUGCUAAGCCACGCGGACGUUAAGCCGUACCCGUGCCAGGAGUGCAAUAAAACGUUCACGACCGCCACCAACCUGCGCAUCCAUCAGCGGGUUCAUUCGGGCGAAAAACCCUACCCAUGCCCGACCUGCGGCAAAUGCUUCUCGCAACGGUCGUCGCUGAGAACGCACGAAAUACUGCAUCUGCCACCGGAACUGCGGCCCGAUCCGCCGGUUGUGGUUGAUGUUGGCCGUGGACGGAAAAGGCGCAAGAAAAAGUUCGAAUGUGGCCAGUGCGGAAAAGGGUUCGCACUACGUGGCCGGUACCGCAAUCACAUGAAACAGGUACACCAAAGAGAUGUACAGGACGGGGACGACGACGACGACGACCGUGAUAGGGAUGAUAAGUGCAUGAGCGUGGACGGUUCGGGCGACAGUGACAAUGGCGGGGAAGCCGAUGCGGUUGAGACCAGUGUUAAUGGAAGCGGGAAAAACAGUUUAACUACAGCCAACAGUAUUUGCAAUAAUGAUCGGCCUGGCAGGAAUCCAGGUCGGCAACGACCCGACGAAGAGGAAGAGGAUGAGGAGUACGGCGAGAACGAAACUCAUGAAGACGAUGAUGAAGAUUACGACGAUGACGAUGAGGGAGACGACGAGCAUAAUGAUAACGAUGAUGAGGAGAAUAUGAACGAAGAUGAAGAGGAGGAAGACGAGGAAGAUGAGGAAGAGGAGGAUGUGCAUUUGAGCAAUGCAGCAGGCGUUCCGUUGCAGGAGCAGCAGUUCCACUAUGGGCAGAUUAUUUCCGAGCAAAACUAGUUCCGCCAAUUCCUUUCCCAGUAUCAUUAGUGUGCUGUAUGCGUUCCCAUUCUGUUCGGCUGCAAAGCUGCACAUAUCCACUAAUCCCUUUGUCGCUAGCUCUAGUGUGCCGUAAUGUGGCACUGUACUCAGAUCCCGAUCUCCUUAGCUAUCCCAAAAAGCAGUUCAAUCAUGAAUGUCACACUACAUGAAAUACUCGUGUAAUUGUAGUCGUUAGCUUAACCACCGUGGCGGGCAGCAACAUUUUCGCCGAUGCAAUAAGGUCUGAUCAUCAUUUACUAGAAAUGUGAUGUGCAAUUUACCUUUUUUUUUAAUCACACACACCCCGUUGCUCCCUGAUGUCCUUGGCCAGUUUCGAAACGGUGUGGCCGAAACGUUUCGAACGGUGUGUGAGAUGUGAAACGUGUUACGUUUCGAAACCCGCACAAGCCGGGAACGCGCGCGCGUUUGUAUUUAUUACGAACAGUUUUAUUUUAUAUGAGAUGAUAUUCUAGAAACAUAUACCCACACAAAACAUUA